CUCACAGACAAAAGGACCCAAUACAUAUACAACUGGUUACUAUAUAAACCCGUCUGCUCUCUCAUAACUCCAUACUCGAAACUCUCCUCGCUUACACUAUCCAAAGCCGCACUGUUACAAAAACCGGGGCCGUUAUCACCGUUGAGUUUUACAUUCCUGCCCACCACCAAAAUGUCCCAGAACCAAUACAGAUCAAACUUUCGGCUGUUAGCCUUUCUCCGCCGCCGCGCGUGAUUAGCUUGCAGCUAGCGCCGGCAGCAGGAAGCGAAUGAUACCAAAGGCACGCGUCGCCCACACGUGCAACCCAGCGGGUAACAAAGCAGACAAAAGCGUACACUCAACAAGAAUGUCUUGAAAAACAAUGCCUUAAACAAUAUCAAAUCCAACACAUUUUCCUUGAUUCACACAUUUGACACAACAAACCAAGCUUCGUUACAGAUAACAACAUCGUUGCCCAGUGGAGACGGCCCUGUCCAGCCAAUCACGGAGCGUCGGCGCCCAAGUCCCCGUCAUCCCUGUCAAGCUUUCCUUGGUCUAGAAAUUUCGCGGCAAAUGGGAACCUGAAUAUCGUCAUCCAUCAACACAUCCCCUUUUUCUCAUCUGCUGUGUUUUAUAUGUGCUCGUUACUCAAAGCACAAUGUCUGCAGAUGAUAAACAGUUUCUAGACCUGCUUGGGAACAUCCCGCAGCACCUGCAAAAAUAUACAGACGAAGUCGCCGGAUACAUCGAUGUCAACGUUGACCGCGCCGCUGGAGCAGUGCGCGAAACGCUUGCUAAUGCAACAUGGCUCCCCGAUUACGUUCGUCCGAACCUGCCCGUCCAGUCCGAGAUCCCCGUGGUCAUCCUGACCCCUAUGGAGAGAGUACAAGGAUGGGUUUCCCGAAAUAAGAUCUUGACCGGAGUUAUGGUUGCGGCAUGCGGUGUCGUGAUCUUCGAAGGCUACCAAAAGACGCAGUCUCUGCGUAAGACGCGACGAGCUAAGCGUGCCAAAAACGGCGGCCGAACGGAGGUUGUGGUCAUUGCUGGUUCGCCAACGCUGCCCCUAACCAAAUCCUUGUCUCUGGACAUGGAGCGGCGCGGUUUCAUCGUCUUUGUUGUAUGCAGUGCCAGCGAGGAUGAGGACCAUGUUGCACAUUUUGCGCGCCCAGACAUUAAGCCUCUGUACAUUGACACAGCGGAUCCACCACUGGCCGGAACAGCCAUCGAGCGAUUUGCAACAUAUCUUCAAUCACCACACGCCCCUGUGCCAAAUAUGAAGCCGAACCAGCUCUCCCUACGAUCCGUCAUACUUAUCCCUAGCCUCAAUUACCAAACAUCGCCCAUCGCGACUAUUCCGCCUUCGAGCUUUGCCGACUUAUUCCAAACACACCUCUUGCAACCCAUCCUGACUAUACAGGCAUUCUUGCCACUUCUCACAACUCGACUUCGACCGACAGCGGAGGAUCCGGUGAAACCCAAGGUCCUCGUCUUCACGCCAUCGAUAAUCUCGUCGCUGAACCCACCUUUCCAUGCGCCAGAAGCUACUGUGUGCUCAGCUCUGUCUGCCUUUACGGAGGUCUUGACGGCUGAGUUACGUCCUCUCGAUAUUCCUGUCACGCACAUGCAGCUAGGAACGUUUGAUUUUUCUGGCUUCGUCCCAUCGCGCCACCACACUACCAGUGCUGGAAACCCGUCCGAGACGCUGGUCUGGCCAGACGACGCCCGUCACGCAUAUGGACGAAACUUUGUCGCGCAAACUUCGUCCGCCAUUUCUGGAGCCCGAAUCCGAGGUUUCAAAGGAAGCUCUCUCAAACGACUACAUAACUCCGUCUUUGACGUUAUCGACGGAUCUAUUACAACAGACACCGUUCGCAUUGGCCUCGGCGCCAGCGUGUACGGCUUUGUCGGCCGAUGGGCACCACGAACUUUGGUAUCCUGGCUUAUGGGCAUCCGCCGUGUCGAUGAGCUCUCUGCAUGGAAGAACCCUGUAACUGAAGAGUCUUCUGCUUCGCAGAGCGAUGAUGGCGAAACAUCCGCCUCUACUGACUUUAUUGCCGUACCAUCGGAGAGCAACGUGUGGACAAGCGACAGGGCAAGCACCAUCUGGGUCUCGGAGCAGCCAUAACGGCUGAAAAUCCGAAGUGUAAAAUACCACAUACUCUCAUGUACAAAACACGCAUCUAGCAUGAUAUCACGACUCUACUGUUAAUACUCAUAAAACUCGGUUCUUUCCGAUUAAUACAUCUUAUAUUAUACUAUUUGUACAAACGCCCCGAAUGUAGCGAUGUGCUUCGUGCAAGACAAUGCAAACAUGACACUCCUAACGCCAAAACUUUUGCCCGUGAUAGCCGCACCACCACCAACUAUCAGUACCCAAAACACCAUAUGCUUAGUACGUUCCUCUGCCUCGGAAACGACCACCUCUUCCAGGUCCCCUCCACUUGCCUGCGCCACCGCGGCCACGGUUUCCCCCAAAUCUACCUCCUGCAUCAUCGUCUUGGUCUCUUUGUUGACCCUCCUCCUCCCGUGCGCGCUGCAUCAUUUCCUUUCGGACGUCUUCUUCUUUCCUCUCCGUCUUAACCGUAGGCGGCUCCAGCGUCUUGGACCACUUGGGAUGCGCACCAAUCUUGCAGUCAGGGCCAUCAGGACAGAAGCCGGCCAAGUAGAAAUGGCAUAGCUUGCGACGGACGUGCUUUUUGGAGCAAAUGGGUCCCAGUGGGCAGAAGCCCAUGUCGUAAUGCGGACAGGGAGGCAGCUUCGACAUGGGAUCCAGGUGGAGAUAUAGGCAUUCUUCGCCAUUAGAGCAGUAGCCAUUUCGCAUGAAGAAAUUGCAUUCAGGCAUCUUUCUCAGGUUGUAUUCGUGCAAGAACUCGCAAGGAAUGCCCUUCUUGCACAGACCACGGAGCCAAUGCUUGCAUACAAGCGAAUUGAGACCACCUGUUGUUUGUGUGCCCGUUGAUUUGCCAUCAGUGACAUGUCUCUCGGUGCAGCGCGUGCCAUUCGGGCAGCUGCCGGUUUGGUAGGCUUUGCAUAUCGGUCGAUCGCCAGGCAGACCGACCUGGUAGGUGUCGCGAAGGAAGUUUGAGAAUCGGAAGUGGUAGGGCUGUGACGAGUGGUUGAGGAUAGCUUCCGCAGCGCUAUCUGCUGUCGUUGUUUCUGUUGCCAUAUUUAUCGUUGUGCGCUCCAGCUAAUAGAUACUGGAGCUGGAUUGUGGUGAUGUCGAGGUUAACGAAGGCGAACACCGUUGUUGCGUGGAGGCGCGAAGGAAAUGCUCCCAGUGGCGUUAGUCAUCCAAAUUCGGUUAGCUUGAGAGUUGACAAAAGCUAAGCUAGCUUCCCCCAGCGACGAAAGCUACACCAUCGUUCCAAACGCACAGCGCUACACGCUGUAAAUGGAGAGAAACAAUCCGGAAAUAGCAGAAAAUGGACAUUAGCUCAAUAAACUGACAGAAUUGUUGACAUCAACAAUCUCCAUGCUAAGAUAAAGUGGCGGUGUCUUGACGGCAAAUUCCGCGUUCUAGGCAUUAGUCCUACACUGCCACGACAGCUAGAUCAUCGCGCCUCAGCUGUUCAAGGGCGCAAACUUGAUUAAGGCCGCUGCUGUCAAGGGUUAUAGUGCGCUCUGCUCUUCAUUAAUCCGUGGCAGCCACAAUUCGGCGCCGCCGUAAGGUGGCCCCAGCGUGCUGUUGGGCAAGCAAGCGUCAACUCCAACUAAUUAUGAUUCGCGAAUUGGCAAAAUGAGAAGAAAUG